UCCCGCACCGUCAAUCAAAAUAGAAAAAAAUCGACCCGAAUUCACCGAUCAACACUAGCCCGCCUUUGAUAAAAUAAUCAUGUUUGGAGUUUAGUUUACCCGAUAAUCCUCCCGGUUACUACCACUCACGCUAUGACCGGUACGUAAACGUUUACCGCAUCGAAGCGUGCAACUAAUCGGUGAGUUUGUGCAACCUACAGCGAAGCAAGCUGCGUCUUUUUUUAUCUUUUUUGCUCUGCUGCUAACUAGCUAGAUAUGGUUAGCUAACGGAGCUAGCUGGCUAGCAACGAAGUUGACAAAGUAAACACGUCAAUCUGGGCCGAAAUUGCCACAGAAUCUGCGCUGCAAAGUUGAGUUUCACAGUCAGCUCCUUUCGCACUGCAGAGUGGGGAUGCUUUGCGAGCUUUUCUGUCAGGCAGGAGUUGAACAUUACAGAGUUUUGCUGAGUUCCCCCCCUGUCUCUCUGCUAGCGCCAGAGCAGCCUCUCUGAAACAAGGAGAAAUGGCGUCCGCGGACGUGGACAGCAGUCAAAGCGAGUUUCUGCAACCCGGCGGCGCAGCGGAAACACAGACCACAGACAUGUCUGCCAUUCAGCUGACGGGUUCAGACCGAUGGGAGGUGUUAACGCCCGUCUCAACCGGGAAGGAAGAUCAAGGAAUUGUCCACAUUCAGAACUCUGGGAUUGUCACCUCAAACGGGCAGUACAUGCACAUUGGGAGUCUCCCCAACCAACCCAUUUAUGUCACAGCAUCCGGGAAUGAGGCUUCACACAAUGGAGUGUCAGGCAUUCAGUAUCAGGUCAUCCCCCAAAUCCAAAAUGCAGAUGGGACCCUCACAGGAUUCACACAGGGACUGGACGAUGGCACAGGGCAGAUCCACCUCCUCCAAGAUGGCGGCCAGGGCAGCAUUGGAAUCAGCUGUGCCACGACGUCGACCACAGACCUUCUGACGCAGGCGGGGCACGUACAGUCGAUCCAAGGCGUCUCGCUGGCCGGGGGGUCGGCGUACACCGGCACAGUAGGGCUGCCCGGCAACAUAACGUUCGUCCCUAUAAACAGUGUGGAUCUGGAGUCUCUGGGGCUGACCGGAGCGCAGUCGGUCCCCAUCGCAACGGGGGUAACGGCUGAAGGGCAGCUGAUCAUGGGUGGCCAGACGCUGGACGGUCACGGCCAGGACACUGGCGUCAAGCAGGUGACGGUGAGCGCCGCAAACCACGAACUCUACGUGCCAACCACCACGCCCUCCUCUAACUCCUCCCAUCUUCCGGAGACCAUCGACGGUACCGGGGUCCUGACCCAAGCAACCGCCGUGUCUGCGGGCGUGUCCGACCCGUCCUCGGAGAACUUCAACUCCCACAACCACCUGCAGCAAAUCCAGGUCUCAUCCUCACACGCCACCACUCUCUCGCAGCCCAUCCUGCAGCUGUGUGGGGACAGUCAGGUUCAGGGUCAGGACCUGAAUGCAGGAGGUCAGACUCUACAGAGCGUGCAGCUGGUCAACCCGGGGACCUUCCUCAUCCAGGCCCAAACCGUCACCGCUACCGGACAGAUCCAGUGGCAGACCUUCCAGGUUCAAGGUGUCCAGUCACUCCAGGGGCUUCAGCUGCCCCAGGGGCAGGGGCAGGCCCAGCAGCUGACCCUAGCCCCGGUUCACACCCUCCCUCUGGGUCAGACGGGCCAGGUCAGCCUGCCCAACCUCCAGACAGUCACGGUGAACUCUGUGACACAAAGCGGAGUUCAGUACACACAGGCGGAGGACGCAAACAGUCCAGCUGGCAUCCAGAUAAAGGAGGAACCAGACUCCGAGGAGUGGCAGCUGAGUGGGAACUCCACGCUGAACCCCAGCGACCUGAACAACCUGCGCGUUCAGAUCGGAGACGAGGACAUGGAUAUGCAGGGCGGGGAGGGCAAGAGGCUCCGCAGGGUCGCCUGCACCUGCCCCAACUGCAAAGAGUCCGGAGGAAGAGGUUCGGGCACGGGGAAGAAGAAGCAGCACAUCUGCCACAUCGCCGGCUGCGGGAAGGUCUACGGGAAGACGUCUCAUCUUCGAGCUCACCUGCGCUGGCACAGCGGAGAGAGACCCUUCGUCUGCAACUGGAUGUUCUGCGGGAAGAGGUUCACCAGGAGCGACGAGCUGCAGAGACACAGGAGGACACACACAGGAGAGAAGAAGUUUGUGUGCACAGAAUGCUCCAAGAGGUUCAUGCGGAGCGACCACCUGGCCAAGCACAUAAAGACUCACCAGAAUAAAAAAGGCAUGGUCCCAUCCUCCACGUCUCCGCCCACCUCCGACACCGUCAUCACCGCCGACGGAACCACACUCAUCCUCCAGACCGCCACCCAUGACCUCCUAGCCAAUCAGGAGAUCCCAUUGCAGCUGGUCACCGUGGCGUCCGGUGAGGUCAUGGAAUGAGGGCGUGAAUUUGGGUGGGUUUAUUUUGAGAACUGGCCUAUCACAGGGACCUCUUGGGCUUUUCUCUUUCCCCUCUAACCUUUUUUUUUUUUGUUUGUUUUUUACAUAUGAAUAUAUACGUAAAUAUAUAUGACAAAUAUAUAUAUUUUAAGAGUUAUCAUGACUUUAUGUUUGUUUUUUGCAGUCUUUUUAUAGGCGGGCAAAAAGAAGUAACAUUAAAAUGUGGUUGCUAUUUACACAUGUACAUACACGUACGUAUGUACGUACACACACACACACACACACACACACACACACACACACAUACAUGCAUUAACACUCAACAUGAAUACUCAACACAAUGAAAUGCCUUAUUUUGUAUCAUAAUCUUGUAUAAAAUGCUGGAAGUGCAUGUGUUUUUUAAGCUUUGCAGAUGAUGUAACUGUACCGGAGAUAAAUGUGUUUGUGAAAUGGCGAUGAUGAUGAUGAGGAGUUUGUGAAAGAGAGAAAAGGAAGUAGUGGACUUCUCUGGCAUGAUUGGAUUUUUGUCGCUGGAGAGUUCUGACAAAACCAGCGCUGCUUCCACGCUGAACUGUUGCGCUGCUGCUGCUGCCGCCACGACCUAAAAGUGGUAGUUUUUAAAGGAAUAGUUCAAGAUUUUUGGGAUAAAUGGUUUAGAUGAGAAGAUUGCCACCACUCUCCUGUCUGCAUGGUAAAUAUGAAGCGACUGGAAUUGGGGAAACGGCUAGCCUGGCUGACAGAAUCUGUCCGUCAGCACCUCUAAAACAUCACAACUCCAACACGUAUCUUGUUUGAUUAAAAGGUACAAUAUGCAACGAUCUCCUUUAAAACAAUGUAUAGACUGGAGCAUGCGGUGGUGUCUGUAUCUGCAGAGACCCGGCCCUCGGCCUGUAUUUUCUCUUCUUUGGUGUCUGGACGUGUUCUCAUUCCCAGGUCAAACACUGCCGCUAUGUCACACAAUCGAAGUACACAGACAGACAGACAGGCAGGCAGACGGGUGCCUUGGUCUUCGCGACACCUUCAUACACAGCAUACAGCCACGUGAGUGCUAUCACUCGUAUCAUCUCGCUCUUAAGAAAGCAAAUAAGCGUAUUUCCCCCCCCAAAUUUUGAACUUUCACUUUGAUGAACCCCACAGCAGGGCGCUGACACCGAUGUCAUAGUGUAGUGUGUGCCGCUUCAAGCAGAGCAGGAGGUUCAGCUGGUGGUCAGAGUAGGAACUGAUCAGAAGUUGUCGUUUUCCACCUGGAGGUGAAAAUAGAUGCAAGCCGCUCUGAAAAACAAAAAGGGCAACUUCUUCCAGCAUCUGGUCAGUGUGAACAGAAUGUCUCAUCUUGUCUUCACGAGCACACCGUCCGCUGUGCUUGUCCACGUCAAAAAAAAAAAAAGUCUUUUUUUCUUUCUUUUCAUAUUUUUGUUGUAAAUUCACGUUGUAUAUCAGUUUCCUGUGUCUCGUCACCAAUCUGCACGUCGUCUAAGCCGAUGCCACACGAUGGUGACCGCAGCAGGGCGGAGCGGUCGUCUCUGUGCUCCUGCGGGGCUCUUCGUUGCCAUUGUCGGCUGCAGGGGGAUGCACACGCACCGACAUUGCCGUGUGGAGAAAACAAAUGCAACAAAUCAUAAAGCCCACCCCACCCAAGGGUGUGUUUGUCAUCGGACAUUCCAGUUGGACACCAGAUGAUGUGGGAUUAGUUUCGCAAUAACGGCCCUGUUUUAAUUUUGGACGGCUGUCACUCAAGUCAAAAGGAAAACAAUCAAUCAUGCCAUUGUUUGUUGUUUUUUGUUCUUAUUUUAAUUAAUGUAAUCCCUUUCCUCAGUUUGUCGUUUGUAGCAUUCAUUUACAUGUAUAUUAUCUUAUUUUCACAUUGUUUAUAGAAGCCAUUACUUAGUUAACUGAAUUUGUUGUAUCAAAACCUUAUUUUAAGUGAUUUUUUUAAAGAAUUGGUGUAAAAAUUGAAUGUUACCUUUUGUAAAACCUUUUUUCAAAUGGAUCACAAUAAAAGUCUGAAACCUUCCAA